AGCAAAACGGAAGUGGAUGUGCACCCGCUUCCGGGCCCGGGCGCCAUUUCUAGCGGUUGCGGGUUCUCACGAGUUGUAGUCAGCUGGGACAAUGAGCUAUGAUUACCAUCAGAACUGGGGCCGGGAUGGUGGGCCCCGCAACUCCGGCGGGGGCUAUGGAGGAAGCUAUGGGGCGGGCCAUGGUGGAGGCCAUGGAGGGAACCGAGGCUCCGGAGGCGGCGGCGGCGGCGGAGGAGGAGGAGGUGGUGGUCGAGGCGGCAGAGGCAGACAUCCUGGGCACCUGAAAGGCCGCGAAAUCGGCUUGUGGUAUGCAAAGAAACAGGGACAGAAGAACAAGGAGGCGGAGAGGCAGGAGAGAGCUGUAGUACACAUGGAUGAACGGCGAGAAGAACAGAUUGUGCAGCUGCUGCAUUCAGUCCAGGCGAAGAAUGGUAAAGACGCAGAAGCACAGAUCUCCUGGUUUGCUCCUGAAGAUCACGGAUAUGGUACUGAAUCUCCUACUGAGAACAAACCCAUCUCAGAGAAGAAAGUUGAAAACCAGGAAAAGAAAUUGAUAAGUCAAGAAAAGAGAACAUUCAGAAUCAGGGACAAAUACAUGGACCGAGAUUCUGAAUAUCUCUUGCAAGAAAAUGAACCAGAUGUAACUUUAGACCAACAACUCUUGGAAGAUUUACAAAAGAAAAAAAGUGACCUCCGGUAUAUCGAAAUGCAGCAUUUCAGGGAAAAGCUGCCUUCAUAUGGAAUGCAAAAGGAAUUGGUAAAUAUGAUUGAUAACCAUCAAGUAACAGUAAUAAGUGGUGAAACUGGAUGUGGAAAAACUACUCAAGUUACUCAGUUCAUUUUGGAUAACUACAUUGAAAGAGGGAAAGGAUCUGCAUGCAGGAUAGUUUGUACACAGCCAAGAAGAAUUAGUGCCAUUUCAGUCGCAGAGAGAGUGGCUGCAGAAAGGGCAGAAUCUUGUGGCAAUGGUAACAGUACUGGAUACCAGAUUCGUCUCCAGAGUCGGUUGCCAAGGAAACAGGGUUCUAUCUUAUACUGCACAACAGGAAUCAUCCUGCAGUGGCUCCAGUCAGACUCGCAUUUGUCCAGCGUUAGUCAUAUUGUGCUUGAUGAAAUCCAUGAGAGAAAUCUACAGUCAGAUGUUUUAAUGACGGUUAUUAAAGAUCUUCUCAGUUUUCGACCUGACCUGAAAGUGAUAUUGAUGAGUGCGACUUUAAAUGCUGAGAAAUUUUCAGAAUAUUUCGGUAACUGUCCAAUGAUACACAUACCUGGUUUUACUUUCCCGGUUGUGGAGUAUCUUUUGGAAGAUAUAAUUGAAAAAAUAAGAUAUGUUCCAGAACAAAAAGAACACAGGUCUCAGUUUAAGAGGGGUUUCAUGCAAGGGCAUGUAAAUAGACAGGAAAAAGAAGAAAAAGAAGCAAUCUAUAAAGAACGCUGGCCAGAUUAUGUAAGGGAACUGCGAAAAAGGUAUUCUGCAAGUACCGUAGAUGUUCUGGAAAUGAUGGAUGAUGAUAAAGUUGAUCUGAAUUUGAUUGCUGCCCUCAUUCGACACAUUGUUUUAGAAGAAGAGGAUGGUGCAAUAUUGGUCUUUCUACCAGGCUGGGACAAUAUCAGCACUUUACAUGAUCUCUUGAUGUCACAAGUGAUGUUUAAAUCAGACAGGUUUCUUAUUAUACCCCUACAUUCACUGAUGCCUACAGUUAACCAGACACAGGUAUUUAAAAGAACCCCUCCUGGUGUUCGGAAAAUAGUAAUUGCUACCAAUAUUGCAGAGACUAGCAUUACCAUAGAUGAUGUUGUUUAUGUGAUAGAUGGAGGAAAAAUAAAAGAAACACACUUUGACACACAAAACAACAUCAGUACAAUGUCUGCUGAGUGGGUUAGUAAAGCUAAUGCCAAACAAAGGAAAGGUCGAGCUGGAAGAGUUCAACCUGGUCAUUGCUAUCAUCUGUAUAAUGGUCUUAGAGCAAGCCUUCUGGAUGACUAUCAGCUACCAGAAAUUUUGAGAACUCCUUUGGAAGAACUUUGUUUGCAAAUAAAGAUUUUAAGGCUAGGUGGAAUUGCUUAUUUUCUGAGUAGGUUAAUGGAUCCACCAUCAGAUGAAGCAGUGUCACUCUCCAUAAAACACCUGAUGGAACUGAACGCUUUGGAUAAACAAGAAGAAUUGACACCCCUUGGAGUCCACUUAGCACGAUUACCAGUUGAGCCACACAUCGGGAAGAUGAUUCUUUUUGGAGCUCUGUUCUGUUGUUUAGAUCCAGUACUUACCAUUGCUGCUAGUCUCAGCUUCAAAGAUCCCUUUGUCAUUCCAUUGGGCAAAGAAAAGAUUGCAGAUGCAAGAAGAAAAGAAUUGGCAAAAGAUACUAAAAGUGACCACCUGACAGUUGUAAAUGCAUUUGAGGGCUGGGAAGAAGCUAGGCGACGUGGUUUCAGAUAUGAAAAAGACUACUGCUGGGAAUAUUUUUUGUCUUCAAACACAUUGCAGAUGCUGCAUAACAUGAAAGGACAGUUUGCUGAGCAUCUUCUUGGAGCUGGAUUUGUAAGCAGUAGAAAUCCUAAAGAUCCAAAAUCUAAUAUAAAUUCAGAUAAUGAGAAGAUAAUUAAAGCUGUCAUUUGUGCUGGUUUAUAUCCCAAAGUUGCUAAAAUCCGACUAAAUUUGGGUAAAAAAAGGAAAAUGGUCAAAGUUUACACAAAAUCUGAUGGACUGGUUGCUAUUCAUCCUAAAUCUGUUAAUGUGGAGCAAACAGAAUUUCACUACAACUGGCUUAUCUAUCAUCUGAAGAUGAGAACAAGUAGUAUUUACUUAUAUGACUGCACAGAAGUUUCCCCAUAUUGUCUCUUAUUCUUUGGAGGUGAUAUUUCCAUCCAGAAGGAUAAUGAUCAGGAAACUAUUGCUGUAGAUGAAUGGAUUGUCUUUCAGUCUCCAGCAAGAAUUGCCCAUCUUGUUAAGGAAUUAAGAAAGGAGCUAGAUAUCCUUCUGCAAGAGAAGAUCGAAAGUCCUCAUCCUGUAGAUUGGAAAGACACUAAAUCCAGAGACUGUGCUGUACUGUCAGCUAUCAUAGACUUGAUCAAAACACAGGAAAAAGCAAGUCCCAGGAACUUACCACCACGAUUCCAGGAUGGAUAUUACAGCUGACAACUUUUCUGUGGUGGUCUGAAAAUUUGAUAGCCAUUUUCCAUCAUAGUUUAAUUUUUGGCUAGAUGCCAAACCAUGGGACAUGAAUAAUUUCCAUAUGUAAAGUAGAAACCUUUAGUGGGUAGUAAAGACGUAAUGUGCAUGAUUUAAAAAUGUUAUCUGUAGCUAUUAUAAAUCUAACAUAAAAAGCAAUAUGUUCUCUCAUCAUAUAUUCUGUUGUGGUCAUGGCCACACUUUGGGAGGACUAUUCUGCUAUAUAUUGAGUUGUACCACUUGAGAAAUUCCUUUGUUCUGUUAUGAGAAGUUAAUCUUUCUGCCUGUAGUAUGACUGAGUAUGGAAACCAGGAAAAAGAAUGGCAAGAAGCAGUGUCAAGAAUUUGAACACAACCACAUUUUUAAAGGAAACUUCUCUCAGAAUUAAUUUGUUGUAAAAAAGCCCAGUAUUUAAUAAAAUGUACAGUGUAUAAAUCUCAGCUAAAUUUUGGCUUGGUUUCUACAUCUCUAUCGUUUGGCUUACUCGGUUUUUUUAAAUCUUUUUAGAAUAUAUUUGUACCCCUUUUACAUUAGCAUAAUGUAGCAAUUGAGAAAGUGAAUCUAAACUUGGUCACUUAAGUUCAGACUUCAGCUUUGACUUACCAGCUCCCUUGGGCAAGGUACUUACUGGCUUCUCUGUUUUUUAUUUAUCUAUAAAAUACAGGUAACAAUUGUGAGGAUUAAAUAUGUUGAUACAUUUAAAGUGCAUAGCCUAGUUUCUGACACACACAAUGUACUCACUAAAUCUUAGUUUUUAUUUGUCCCUGAAUUUUAUUUUUUUAUUAACAAUCUGUUAUGUUAUACUCAUUUCCAUGUCCUUAGUCCUGUUUUACCCUCUCAGAUAAUGGAAGCUCGUGUGAUUUUUAAGGCUAGUGAGUGAUAGGCUAGUGUUUUCAGCGGACUGACAAGUAUCGUUGGUUGCUAUCCUAAGAGCCAUUUGGCCCUCCCCAUUUGCUUGAUUGUUGAAGGGUUUCCCCUCUGUAGCCUGGUGCCCAGGGAUAUUGGACUCUUCCCCAAGGGUAGAUCGGAUUGUUCUAAGCCAAUCGUAUAUGGCCUUAACUCUUCUUACAAGUAACAUGAGCCAUCAGCGUAUGAACCUGUUGCAACUGAUGAGAUCUGCAAGGGGACAUCUGAGAAAGAUUUUCUUCACUAGUAGACUUGGAGGAGUUUUCUCCUUUGGACAUUGUCUUGUCUGAAUUUAGCACUACUGUAGCCAUUUUAGCAUUGCAGAGGAUAAUGACGUUGGCUCAGUGGGAAGAUGUAAUUCACCAGAGUCCAUGAUAAUGCUGGUGAGCUGCUGAAUUACCCAAUUUGAGACCUGCCUUGCACGUGGACUUAUUUUGAUAAACCCUCCUUUAUGGAGUUAGCCACUUUCGGGUAGUGUAUUUUGUUUAACUUGGCAGAAAGCAUAUUAACUGAAAUACAUAGUCUGCAUCACUGUUUGCUGAGGCCUGUUUCUUCCAUUUCUUUUGUGAUCUAAGUUUGACCCACAUGUAUGACAAGAGGUGUAAGAGGUAGUAGUCCUGAACAUACUGCAAAAGAAAUUUAGGAAGAACAUCUGCUGCAUCCUUAAAAAUACACAUUUUCUUGUGCCUUCCAGUAAAUGCAGAGAAACCAAAGGAAGAGUAUCAAACAAUGAUUGGGAUUGAUUGAUAGUGCUGUGAUGAUGUGUUUAGCACCACUGGUUCAGGUACUGCUCCCAUUUCUGUGAAUGUAUGUCAGCCUGUUGUUGCCUUCUAAAGGUUUUGAAUGUACUGUGUGUCCUAAGUCCAUUCUUUCAGCUAGUCUCCCAAAAGUGAUCUCUUAACUGAAUUCUUAGAUUGAGUCAUAUCAUGGUGUUGUGGUCUUGUUCCUAAACUUAAGAUGACCAUUAGGGUCUGUUUGUAAGGGUGUUUAUGUUUGUGUCUGUCUUUUCUUGCCUUUACUCUCUGGUUUAAAUUCACAGUAGGCCAAACUGGUCUUGGAAGAUAGCAUUUAAAGAAUCUGUUAAUAAAAGGGAGGGAGGAUUAUUGGUUCAUUUGUUCCAUGUUCUCAAACCAGUAUUUAAUCUCCAUAAGAAUGAGGAAAUUGUUCCUGAAGGAUUGUUUAAGUAGAUGAGCUAUUGAAAGAGGCUAAAGCAGUCACUGUCACCCCCAGUUUCUUCUCCUGUACAGCUGAUCAGGAUGGAAAUCUUGAUUGAAGGUGCUAUUUGUGUUGUUUCUUUUGUUUACAAAAUAGUGUAUUACUGAGUGGAAGAUUUAUUCCAGGCCUAAGAACUACGUUUUUUAGCAGUUUUAAGGAGUAAGACAUUAAAAAGAAAAAUCUGUUUGCCUCGCCAGUCUUAGUGAUACCUAGACUAACUCUUAAACCCUGAAGCAGAAACUAAGAGGGGGAAAAAGAAGCCACUGAAUAAUCUUUUUAGAAAGUGUCUUUGAAAAGUGAGUAUAUGCAUUGCUUCCUCAUUCAUUAACCUGAGCAAAAGCUCUAGAUACAUUUAUACCUAUUACAACAAGUAAUUUUCUGUUCUUAAUGUAGUUGUGAAACAAAGUCCACCCUGAGAGGUAGAGAUUAUUGAAAAGCUUUAGAAGGAAUUUUAGUAUCCCCUCACCCAAAGUAAAUCGUAAAUGUCUUUCCACUCUUCACUGAGUUUGCAUUUUUUAAGUAAUUGUCAGGAUCAUGUGGUAUAAUCAUAUAAUAUGCUAAUUAUUUUUAAAUGGCAUUUUUAUUCGGGUUUUUAAACAGUAUACCCUCAUUGUAGAAUAUUUGAGAAUUGAACAAAGAAAAGCAUGCUAACCACUGUUAUAUUUUGAUGUAUUUCCAUGCUUUUUUUUUAAGCUUCAAGGUAUUAUUUUAUAUAUAAUAAAAUUUGCCAAUUUAAGUGUAUAAUUCAGUGAAUUUUGUCAAAUGUAUAAAGUCCUGUAAUUGCUACCAUCACAGUCUUCAUCUAGAAGAUUCUCAUCACCUGAAUUUCCCUUGUUCCCCUUUGCAACCAAUCCCCUGCUUCUACUUCUACCCAUUGGCAACCAUAGAUCUGCUUUUUGUCACUUGUUUUGCCUUUUCUAGAAUUCCCAAUAAAUGGAAAAUCACAUUUA